AUGCCUGGCAAUCCCAACAGAAACCGAAGGGGAAACCAUGGGGGAAGCCCCAAAAAUCCCCUUAACCGAAGUGCGAACAUCGACGAGUCCCAGAAUACCUCAGUAUGGGUGUCCAACCUCCCAGGGGAUUGUACCAUCCAGCAGCUGCUCGCCCCUAUAAGACGAGUCGGCAAGAUAUUCUUUACCCACAUCAACCCUCCCAACGAUAAGUUCACCACAUCAGCAGCAAAGAUCACCUUCUGGGAUCGCCGAGCAACCGACAACUUCCUCGAGCUUAUCAGAGACGGCAAGAUUACCAUCGGAGGGCUCCAACCAGCGGUCCGAAUGCACCGGAUCCGAGCAGCGCCACAGCCAGCAUCCGACCGCAGCCGGGUCCUCGUCGUCUGGGGCUCACCUCACGUAGUCAGCAUGGAGGUUCUAGCGCCCCUUUUCCGCUCGGAGAUAGAAUUCCAAAUCGACGAGGUCGAGGAGAUGAUGUGGCGCGGCGAGAGAAGACUCGAAAUCCGCUUCGGCUCUCAUCGGGCCCAGGCUAGUCGCGCAGAACAGAUGCUGCAAGUAUUAAAGGCGGGGAAAGCGACCGAAUACGCCGUCGCGAACCUGACGCCAGAGCAGCGCAUCUUUCUGUGCUUUAUUGAAAUACUAUGGGGCGGUGAUCCUUGCGAACUGCCAUAG